CCAACGGAGCAAGAGAGACAUUUGCUGGGAAAGCAGAGGUACUAGGGUUCUCAGCCGGGCCUAUGGAUCAGAGGGCACAUGGAAUCCAUACUUUUGGGCAGAGGACCCUGUGAAUCCACCCUGUGCAUUAGAGGGCACAGGGGAUCCAUCCUAUGGAACAUGGGACACCUGGAAUCUAAACUAUAGAUCGGAGGACACCGUGAAUCCAUCCUAUGGAUCAGAGGACACAGUGAAUCCAUCCUAUAGAUCAGAGAACACAGGAAAUCCAUUUUAUGGAUCAGAGGACACAGUGAAUCCAUCCCAUGGAUCAGAGGACACAGUGAAUCCAUCCCAUGGAUCAGAGGACACAGUGAAUCUUUCCUAUGGAACAUGGGGCACAGGGAAUCUAACCUAUGGGUCAGAGAACACAGUGAAUCAAUCCUACGGAACAUGGGACAGAGGGAAUCCAACCUAUGGAUCAGAACAGGGAGGUCAUCCUAUGUGUCAGAGGGCACAGUGA